UGACGUCACCCGGCGAAUCCUAAAAGAUUUCCCCCUGAAAACAGUCAGCAACACUGCCCUUUCCGAGACACGGUUUGGGACGCACCCGCCGGCUAUAGCACAGGAGCUAACGCUAACAAGGCAGCUUGUUUCGUGAUUAAAUCUGUUUUAAAUGAAAGAGAGCUGAAGAAGGGUGAAGGUGAUGUUUUCCAGACGGAUCCCCUUCAAUCAGAUCGCCUUCGCGACGGUGCUGGGAGUCGGAGGAGGAAUUUACAUCUACAGACCCAUGUUCGAGCCUCAGAGAAGAAAGACCAGUGCUGGAAAUGAAGCUGGGACUGAAAAUAAAGAACUAAAUAACACGGAGAAGUGAAGGGAGGAGAGGAAAUGAAGAGGAGGAGGAGCUAAGGUCAAAGAAGGAACCUUCAUCAUCAUCAACAUCAUCAUCAUCAUCAUCAUCAUCAUUUUAACUUCAAUUAAUGUUAAAGUAGACAAUUUGCUAUUGAAUAUGUUAAUAAGUGAGAUAAACGACUCACAAGAAUGAAUAAUAAUAAUAAUGAAGUUUUAUUCUUCAACAAUAAAGUUGUUUCUCUUUAAA